AACAGACUUCCGGCCAGUGAUGGCCGUUGGUAUCCAUUUGUUACAAAUGCAGGCGUUCAUACUAUCUUCACGUCAACUUGAGACUCUUUGGCCUCCUCGCCUCGCCAUGAGCGAGUUGCAGAACACCCUGGGCGUACGCCGGUCCACCGUGGAAAGGUGUGGGGAAACUUGGGAGUCAGAACCCCAAGAAUCCGCAGCAGAUGCCAAAAGCUUGCCAGGGGUCAAGUUUGGAAGCGCACCACACGUGGCGGACUGGUUGAGGCAGAAGGCCCGUGAGAUGCCAGAGGAGGACUUGGCCAAAGAGGAGCUCACGGAGGCUUUGCUGAAGCUCUUGGCGGCCCCCCAGGGCCGCUUUCAAAGCUCUGAGCUUUUGCAGCUGCAAGAGGUCUCGAAGCGCCUGGCGGAGCUGCAACAAGAGUUGGUUGAGCAGAGAGAUAGCCUUGGUGCUCAGAAAGAGGAGCUGGCCCAACGAGAGGCCGAACUCAAGGCUCAGCAGGAAGCCUUGGAGGCAAAGCCAGUGAACAGGGACUAUCCGAUCCCCAGUUGGUUGACCAACUCGGCUGGGACUUUGAAUGUGGCGGUGGUGGGCAAUUCUGGUGUGGGGAAGUCCUUGCUGAUCAACAAGAUGCGACGGCUCAAGCCGGGCUCGGCCACUUGGGCACCCACCGGGGUCAAAGAAACCACCCUCCGCCCAACAUUGUACACCUUUCCUGGCAUCGACCGGGUCAGACUGUGGGACCUGCCUGGCGCCGGAACACCCGGCUUUCCCAAGGACUCCUAUUUGCGUGACAUGGGCUUGCGAUACUUUGACUCUGUCUUGAUCGUCACGGCCAAUCGCUUCACAUCCACAGAGGUCAUCCUGCGAGAGGAGCUUGAGAAAUACGAUGUGCCUUAUUUCAUGGUUAGAACGAAGAUUGACCUCGAUGUGUGGAAUAAUAAGGAGGAUAACCGAGUGGAGGAGGCCGUUACUCUGAAGAACAUCCGAGAUGAGCUUGCUUGCCAUGGCGUCAAUCGCGUCUACUUGGUCUCCUCGCGCGAGCCCGACCGUUAUGACAUGCCCGCGCUCUUGGCCGAUGCUUUCCCUGGUGUACGGGAUUUCCUGGAUGCUAGCAGCUUCCUCUUCACAGGAGGCGAGUCAGAUGGUUGGGGGGAAUCAUGGUCAAUGCCAGUUUUGUGGUCUGCCAUCAUUGCAGGAAUACAAGGACAAUGGCGCGAUGCCUUGGAAGAUCUGCUCUACGUGGUGGACGGCACGGACGUUCACAUCACGCGUGAGAGCGAUGGUCAAACCGCCUCCAUUGCUCUCACAGAGCAUGAUGACAAGGUGUGGUUGCAAGAGACCUGGUAUAUCGACAUGGCGUCCGUGGGCAAGGCGCGGGAAAGCACCGAGCUCCGAUGGAUCCCAACGGACAUCUCGAACAAACCUCGGGUUUGGAGAUGGUGCGGAUGAGACACCCUGCAAUGUGCAGUUCAGGCUCAGCACAGAAGUUGCAUCGAGUCUGUUGCAGGACAAGCCAGAAACUUCUGGUUUGGUGUGUUGAAUGCGUGUCAGCUCUUCUGCAGCAGCUUUAUUUGCAGAAAUUGAAAAAAGGGUGGGUGAUGUUGAACCCAUGCAUGAGUACUGUACUGGGCUUGCAUAGAGAUGCCCUUUUGAGCAUUUUUGUGAGUAGUACUCAAAACUGAGGCCAGCCGGUUGCCAAAGGCAGCAGAUGGCCUUUGUACAUAGAAGCAGCCCGCUUGGGCUUUUAUACACCUUCCACGUCCACGUGACUGGAUUUCUGCUGGUCCGUGAG